UAACAUGUCUAUUCCAUUAUGAAAAGCCACCCAAAAAAGUCGCAAUUUUUUUAGAUUUCAGUGAAAGAUCUGUUUAACACUGCAAAUUCAAGUCAGUCCACCAACGAAGAGAGGGAGAGAGAGAGAGAGGGAGACAGACAGACGGAGAGGGGGAGAAAUGGGAAGUGAAGCAAAGCUAUGGCGAAACUCUGAAGUGCCAAAGCUUCCAUUGCUUGCAGUUGCAGCAAUGGAGUCUCCAGAUCGCUCUGGAAUGCUAACCCCACCAAUCCACACCUCAGUGUCAGUCCCAUUUCGAUGGGAAGAGGAGCCUGGCAAACCCAGGUUCUGCUUCAGAACCCCCAGCAGUUCUUCAGCCACUCAAACAAAGUGCCUUGAACUUCCACCAAGAUUGUUGCUAUUGGAUCCCAAAAUCUCAAAACUCCCUCCUCCCAUCCCUGCACACAAGGGUAUUUUUCAGUUUCCUAAGCAGAGUUGUGGGUCAUUCAGAUAUGAUAAAACUCAGCUUGGAGCCAUGGUUCUGAGAAAGAGGGGAGUGCUCAUAGAGAAGGAGUGGUUUUGUUGGUUGGGAAAAUUGAGUUUUGGGCGCAAAGGGGAAGUUGGGUCUGCCUAUGGAAGUGUAUUUCCUUCUUCUUUAGAGAAGGAGAAUGAAGAUGCAGUUGUUGCAGAGAGAAGCAGUUCAGGGAUGAAGGUUGCAGAGACCCAGAAAGAAGGGAGCUUUUCUUCUUGUCUUGUCAAAGCCAAGACUGAGUUUUGGGGAAGCAUAGGCGAGGGGCCGAAACAGAUCAACGUUCCAUGGAAGAGCAAAAAAGCUUAAGAAAGAGCAUCGUAGCUCGUUGGUAAUAUGAAGGACUGAUGGUUUAGUUAAUGGCUGAGAUCUUACAUACUUGACAUUCAUGUACAGAAAUAAUGUUAACACUUUUAUGCGUUGAAUGAUCAUUUGUUUUCGACAAUUUUCAAGAAAUGGAAAACAUCAGAGUAACACUGAUUUUGAUCUG